AAAUAGAGAGGAGUUAUCUUGAGCAUGAAGGGGAGGUAACAGCCUAUGGCUUGUGUUGCUUUACUAGUUAGCCACAUGUAUGCUAAUGUAUAGCUGCCCACUAGCUCUUUAAAGCAAGACUCUUGUUAGCAUUUUCCUGGGGCUAUGCAUGAUAACAUAACAGUUAAAUAGGUAGCACUAGCAGCUAUUGUGGUCCUCUCACAAACGGGAUACUGUUCACUGGUGUGGAUAAAACGCUUAUCCACAAGUCAUUUGACUACAACAGGAUAAAAGUUGUUAUCAUUAAAAGAUCCGAAUGGAUAAAAACGUACGAAAGGUUCGGAAUCAGGACAGUAACCCAUGCAUAGACGAAAGUGAUGCGUCCCAAAAGUGUUUGAGUCUCAACAGCUAUGACAAGAGCUUGUGUUAUGACUAUUUCGUGAGAUAUAAGAACUGUAGGAAAUACUGGCAAAACAUACUGGUGCAGCGGAGAAGAGAAGGAGUGAAACCGGACAUGCCGACGGCUGCAGAGAGGCAGGAGAUGCUCGAUGCUAUUGGAGGAAAACCCUACUGAUUCCAGCAGAAACUCAGAGACACUGUGAAGGCCAGCGGCGGGCCAUGGAGAUUUACUACAAGCCUCGAUGUUGCCGCAGCAAUGCACUGGCUGGGUUCACUUUUUGACCAAAAGCCUGACCCCUCCAACGCUCAGGGCGUGUGGAAGUGACCUGUAUGGUCUGUUCUAGAAUAAAAGGGAAAAGGCGGAAUUUUACAGAAAGAUAUAAGGUUUAUUAUUUAUUGAGAAUUGAAAACAAUGGGACAUGAACUGACACAUCAUUAUAUUAGCUUUAUGGGCUGUUUUGUUUUUGUUUGAAGGGGAAAAGCCCUGUUUAUGUCCCAUGUAAUGAUAUCACAAAAUGUGCAAUGGAGUCGAAACAGAUGAGGUAGUGUUUUCUGUAGAUUUCAUUGUGAAUAUCCACAAAAAAUAAUUUGACUAAUGAGAACUGUAUAAUUCACAAUGUGCUGGUGUCAAGAACAUUGUGGGGACUAGCUCAGCUGUGGAUUUGUUUUAACCUGGCCGACAUGUCUAAGCGUGCAGCAUGUGUGAUGAUCUACCAUGUGUCUUAUAAAGAGGAGUAUUGGAGCAUA